CCAGGGCUACAGCGUGUCGAAGGGUCAAUAUAGCUGCCGCGCGGUGCAGUGUGGGAAGGCCUAGGCGCUAGGCGUAGGGACAUCGUUGUGUGCGUGGUGUUGCCUGCGUCUCUUCUGUGAUUUCGUGCUGCGGGGUUGACGAACGCCAUAAUGAUCAAGCUCUUCUCCCUCAAGCAGCAACAGAAGGACGGUGAGGCGACGGGCAACAAGCCGGCGAGCCAGAAGCGUGCCUCGGCAGCCCAGCUACGCAUUACGAAGGACAUCAACGAAUUGAACUUGCCGAAGACCUGUCAGAUGGAGUUCCCCGAUCCGGAUGAUCUGCUGAACUUCAAGCUGGUUAUCUGCCCCGACGAGGGCUUCUACCGGAACGGCCGCUUCGUGUUUAGCUUCCGUGUAAGCCCAAACUACCCACACGAACCUCCCAAGGUCAAGUGCGACACAAUGGUCUACCACCCUAACAUAGACCUGGACGGCAACGUCUGCCUCAACAUCCUGCGCGAAGAUUGGAAGCCUGUGCUGACGGUCAACUCGAUUGUCUACGGCCUGCAAUACCUCUUCCUCGAGCCCAACCCCGAGGACCCACUUAACAAGGACGCCGCCGAAGUUCUGCAGAGCAACCGGAGACUGUUCGAACAAAACGUCAAGAAGGCCAUGCUUGGAGGCUACAUCGGCGCGACGUACUUUGAACGGUGCCUGAAGUAGCCCUACCCGCUAUGCUGUCUUCUCUUAUCCUUUGGGGGUUUACAGAAAAGAAAAGAAAAUAAAGUGUGGUGAUGAUGCCGCCGCUGCUACUGGUGCUGACGUCCCCGCCGUCGCCGCAACAACAACAGUUGUGCUGCUGUUAGGUGCUUUGCAGUGCUCGAGUUGUGCCAGGCAUCAGAUGUACUGUA